UCGGACUUAGAUUGACCAUGAGUGGGAUUAUCUAUGGGCCGGAGCCGGCUGUCGCCAUCGUUUGCCUGCUUAUCGGCGACCAUUUAAUAGCACGAAAUAAAAAUAAUUUCAAAACAAAGCGUGAACGCCGUGUUUGUAGGAAUCGAGGUCUGGCCCGGUCCCGGUCCCGAUCCCGAUCCCGACUCCGAUCCCGAGACCCCCACAACGGUCCGGAUUUCGGUUACAAUCUCGCCGGCAUACGACGUUCACGUUUCAUGCGCUAUAUUGUAUCCGUGGAAUUGCGUUGUUCCACGCCGAAAGCAGUACUUCCGCCUACGUCCUCCGACCACCGAUUCAAUUACGAAUCGGAUGCAAGCCGCUUUCGCUGUGCAGAGGAGUCGGUGCUCGAGUCCGGCCGGUCCCCGAUCUCUCUUCACUGCCACUUCUGCCGCGGGCAGAGUCUUCGAGAGGCUUUUGAGUCGCUGGGCGAUGUCAUUAUCUCCAAGUAAUUCCUCAUAAUCGCCAUGUUUGAUCUUAUUAAGACAGCUUAACUUGUUUUCUGGCCCAUCAUCGUCGUCUGCCCUGCCCCGGGUCCCGCAGCAACCCAUUCAUACGUGAUGGGCAGACAUCGGUCGAUCGAUCGCUUGACCAGUCCGCAGAGAUGCCCAAGGAGCUGUUUCCUAGCGGGAACUGAGUUCCAACUUCUACCACUUCUCGCUAUCGUUACCCAGUGACCCACAAGAUCAAACUCGUGGGUACACCUCAGGAUUGAGCAAGGUCCCUCUUAAAACAAGAA